AUUCCCGCCAGUUUGGUUCAAACCGGCUCUUACCGGAUUUUGAAGUACACAAAAUUGCGCCAUAGCUGAGAAAUUUAUAUACGUUUUUAAAUCUGUUCACAUCACUUACACAAUUAUUUACAGGCGACAGGAAAACACUGAAAGUUAACAAUGGCUGAACAACAGCAAGUUGAUUUACCAACAUUCAAACUUGUGUUGGUGGGAGAUGGUGGUGUUGGCAAAACAACAUUUGUGAAACGUCAUUUAACUGGAGAAUUCGAAAAAAGAUACGUAGCCACCCUUGGAGUAGAAGUACAUCCAUUGAAAUUCUACACCAACAGAGGAGAAAUUUUAUAUAAUGUAUGGGAUACAGCUGGUCAAGAAAAAUAUGGAGGUCUUCGUGAUGGCUACUAUAUCCAAGGUCAAUGUGCUGUGAUAAUGUUUGAUGUCACGUCAAGAGUAACUUACAAAAAUGUGCCAAACUGGCACAGAGACUUGGUACGAGUGUGUGAGAAUAUUCCUAUUGUCUUGUGUGGAAAUAAAGUUGAUAUCAAAGACAGAAAAGUGAAAGCCAAAGCUAUUGUAUUCCACAGGAAAAAGAAUCUCCAGUACUAUGACAUCAGUGCCAAGAGCAAUUACAAUUUCGAGAAACCUUUCUUGUGGUUAGCCAGGAAACUUGUUGGUGACCCAAAUCUUGAAUUUGUUGCCAUGCCCGCCCUUGCUCCCCCAGAUAUCACAAUGGACCCAGAAUUACAAAAACAGAACGAAUUGGAACUUGCACAAGCGGUGAACUGCGCCCUGCCUGAUGACGAAGAUGACUUGUAAUGCACACUCCACGCUAGCUCAGUUAUUGUUUAUUUAUAUGUGAACUUGAUAACUCUUCAUUUGCCUUUCACUGUCUCCAUAUGGUACAGCUAAAAUGGAUAUUUCUUGGUGCAACUUUUUCAGAUGGACUUUUUAUAUGAAUGAUAAUGAAACACUUGUAACUUUAUAAAGAUUGCUUUAAAGUUUGAACAAAAAAAAAAAUGGCUAGGAUCCCAAAAUAUGGAGGCAAAAAGGUGCUGGUGUUGCAACAGAGAUAUUCCUAUGGAAUGAUAACAAAGAAAAAUAGCAAGGAUAGAAAAAUGGGGAAAUAGGAUUGUGGUAUAAGUUACGUAAAUCAAAGUGGAAUUUUUUCAUAAAAAGUUCAUAGAUAGGAAAAUGUCUGUUCCCGGUCUUUCUUUUAUCUAUCCUGAUGAAAGUCAUUAAUUAGUGCUUUGUAUAACAAUCGAGGAUGAUUUGGUAUUAUUUUAUUAUGCACAUUGCUGAGGCAUGUCACUGGUGACUUUAUGGAAAAAAAAUUAUGAAAAUUUGUGUAAAAAUGAUUGAUGGAAAAAUGAUUGAAACAUAUUUGGAUACAGGCGUUGUACAUUUUAUUGAACAAUUUCCAUAUUUUCAACUCUGCCAUAAAAUAUCCAGUGACCAUGCUUAAACUCAGUAUGUUAAUGUCAUCACUGAGAUUACAUCAUAUAUAUAUCAGCAUCAAAUAUUUGUCACUUAGUUGGGUUGUUUUUCGAUACCAAAUCUGAAUGUAAAAAAAGAUAUGUUGUGAUGGAAUUGUGUUCAACUCGUCAUGUGUAAUUUUGUCUGCAUAUAGAAGUCUGUUUAAACAUGACUCGUAUUUUUUGUAGAGAAUUUCCGACCACUGUAUUUAUUUGAAAUUUUAAAAAAAAAUUGCUCAAUCGGUAUUAUAAAGCGAACUAUUUGACAGAUAUUUCCAUUUUUAGAUCAUUGUGUGAAAUUUAACCCAAAAGAAUUAGCUCAGUCUUGAAAUAUUUCAAAAAUUAUAUGCCUUGAAAUUUUAAGUGUGAAAUAUAACCUAUCCAAGACAAGCUGAUUCUUUAGAUUUGAUUUCAUUCUUUUAAUAAACACCUCUUAUAGUUGCAUUUAAAAAAGAAAGUUACCCUGUGGUAUUUAUAUUAUAAUUUAUCAAAGUUUUUUUAACUACUAUUAAAGAAAAUUGGUUUUGUUAUAAAUCUGACUAAAAAAAAUGUUCAUUUGAAUUUGUAACUAUCCUUUAUAGAAUGCAACUGUAUGAUAUAACAAGUGUUUUACUGUGCAAUUGUGUUUUUUCAACCAAGAAUUUGUGUGACAGAAUUUUUAUUUUUGUAACUGUAAUAUACAAAUUGUCUUUUUUUAGAGAGAGAGGGAAAAAAAAGAUCAAUAUUAUUUUUGGAAAGCAUAAGUAAAACUAGCAUGUUUUCAACUGAUAUUUACAUUUUGUUUGAUGUUCAAGAUGGCUGAAUACAUGCUUGUAAAGCGAAUAUACAUAUAUUUUGUUUAUGUUUGGGAUGUUAACUUCAAAAUUCUCAUACAAAAUUGUAUUCAGUCUUCAUAUUAACAUUGUUGAAAAUCCAUUGUAAUUGCAAGUAUAUGAAAUAAAAGUAGAAAAAUUA